UUUAGAAAUUUGGCGUCGUGCGUCCAUAGUGAUAAUAGUACUAAUUAAUAGUAUAGUAAUAUUCUUUUCAGUCUUCUUUCCUUUACUUACUUCUGUGCAUGAAAUUGUUAAAUCAAAAUAAAAACCCAAACUUCAAUAGAUUUACUAAUAUAUCAACUUACAAGAUCCAGACCUUACUCCAUUAAUGAUUACAUUACAGGACAACAAUUAAACUUUGAGACAUUAGCCGAAAGUCAUAGCAGUAUGUUACAGCCAUGGAUAAUGCUUCUGAUCCACUGCUGACAGAGAGAGACAAGUUAACCAGACUUCUAAGUUUUCUGGAUAUUGAAACUAAAAUUGGCCCUGGCAAUGAACCAAAAAGACAGUCCAGUUUCCCUAUACAAGGAAGAAGAAGUCUUGCUGCUAGUUUUGAUGGCUCUAUCGUUGAUCAUCCCAUACCUACAUUGUCGCCUCCCUUGGUUACUCAAAGACUUCAGACAUUUUACGUUGACAGUUGGCCUGCAAUCACAGUUAAACGUGGCGACACAAUCAUUUUCCCAAACACCCCAAGAAAAUCUUCGUCCAAUACAUUGGGUGGCAUUCCAAUCACGUUAGAUACUGCCGUGGAACUACGGUCAAUAGUCUAUGGUUCUCCCAUGCAUUCCUUCUCUAAAGAUUGGCAAAAGGCAACACUCAAAUUUUACUUGUUAGAUAGUCCUUUUCCUUUUGGCAUUGAAACUUCAAAGUGUGGUGCUCGUGGACUGGCGCUGUGUGUUCAAGGCUUCAUGUUAAAACAUUUAAUUUUUGACAGAGAGUACAAGUCAUCUGUCUUACAAGAAGCUGGAGUUUUAAAACCAACUGCAUUUGAACGAAGAAGAGCUCUGGCUGGUGCUGUAUGUGAAAUGUUGUGGCAGGCAGGAGACAGACGGAAAUGCUGCGUAUGUUUGAAACAACAGGAGCCUUGCUUCGGCCCUGACUACAGAUACAGGCCAGACUCCAUCACAGAAAAGCUUCACCUGUUUGAAUUCAAGAAGUUUGAAGAUUUACACAAUUUUAUCAAGCGACAUCUCGAAGAGUUUCAAACAGAACAUGGCAAUGGCUGUAUUUUGUUUCUCUACAGUUUGGUUUUGUCUAGAACAAUUCCCAAGAUUCGGGAAGAGAUCAAGGUCAAACCAGGCUUCAAAUUAAAACUGUUGUCUGAUAUGGAGGAUCCAACUCAGAGUUUGAUCAAUUUAGCCUUGACUGGCUCAGCCACACCUCAUUUACAUAAUGGAGAACUCUUAUAUGAUGAUAAAGGAAAUUUAUUGCCUCACCCAGUUCAUGGGAUACAAACCAGAAGUCAAAUUGGGUUUAUGUUUUGGGAUAAAGGUGAAGACCCAGAGAAAAGAACAGAGGUAGGAUCUAUGUUGAAGACUCCCAAAAAUCCAAUAUGGGUGUCGAAGGUCAAUGGCCAGUUUGGACUAUUGUUCAGUUUGAACCCAGACUUGGUGAGUGACUGGCGUGUGGAGAACAAAUUUACUAUGUGGUACUAUACAGGACUACUGUCGCAGCUCAAGCCAACUGUUUUGUCCAUUGAAACCAGAGUUGGUCGCCCACGGCCUAAAACUGGACUUCAAAGGAGGGAAGAAGAAAAUAAAAUUCCUCCACUAGAAAACUGCAUAAUGACCAAAUGGUACGGAGCAGAUGUGAAAUGGAAUGGAACUGUACCAUUUGUGUAGUCUCCCUUUCUUUGAGCAGCCAAUGAGUGACUGUAAUAUAUAAAUCUAGGAUUCCAAAUAGUGUUUAUGUUGAAGAAACAAAACAUUGCAUUGCUGUUGAGCUCACAAAUUUCAAUAGGCUGAUUGUGUACAGUAUAAGGUGACAUUAGUAUAACAGAUCAUGUUCUUACAAACAGAAAUAAGGAAUUUUUCUUUUCCUUUUUUUUUGGAAGGAUGACUUACUUGUACAUUGUGACUAGUGUAAAAGUAUAAAGUAAAAGUUCCCCCUUUUAGACUUUGCGAUCUAUAGGGCAGAAGAUGUAAAGGUCAUGUAAAGGUGUGAAUAGUGAGUUAAGAUCAAUUACUAGAUGAUUUUCUUUGUUAAUUUUUUUUUUGUCUAAUAAUUAUUUUGUGAAUCAUGAAUGAUUAAAGCUCAUUUCUAUGAUUAAAUACAUUUCAUUGAUUUUUUUUUUUUACCUUUACCUAUCCCUUAGUCUGUUGGACCAUUGGGGCACCAUGCAAGAUUCGUCACCCGUAUUUCUCCAUUCCUCUCUGUCUUUUGCCUUAGUUAGAAUUUCUUUCAAUGGCAGCCCCGUCCAUUCUUUUAUGUUUUCUCUGUCUGCCUCUUCUUCUUUUUCUGAUACUGUUCCCUGAAGGAAGGUCUUUGCAAUAAUAUCGGUCAUAGCAAUUCUUUGAUUCUGAAUGAUGUGUGCAGUGACUAUGCAUAUUUUUCCACAUCUCGUGCAGACAAAGCCGUUGUCCACAGGUGGUUUAUUUAAUUUUUCCUUUUUUUCUUCUACACCUGUCUUCGCUAAGGGCUUUCCUUUUGGGUCUUAAAUUGUAUGUCCUGCGCUGCUAGCUACUUUCCUCUAUGCCAGUGUGAUCCAAAUGGUGCCUGAGUCGAUUUUUAUGCUCCUAUGGGGGCACCUCUCUUACGCUGUUGUCCUUUAAGUUCACCAAAGAAUAAACACAUUAAAGUAAUUCAGUUACCAUGUGUUGUUGUUUUUUUUAAAUUUCAGGGCAGUAUAAAUAAAAUUUGUUUACUUUAAAACAGCAUCUAAUCCAUUAAUCUUGAAAGUAAGAAAUUGAAUUUUGAUCUAACUUUUUUUUCUUAUUCAUAGUCUUAAAGAACUAUAUUUAAAAAGAAGGGCGUGGUGACUCAGUGGUUAAGCACUUGGCUUACAAACCUGGGCCCUGGGUUCAAAUCUUGGUGAAGACUGGGAUUUUGGAUUUUUAGCUACUCUAAUAAGUAGCUGACUUUAGUUGGGGAAAGUAAAGGCAGUUGGUCGUUGUGACACCCUGCUCAUUAACCAUUGGCCAAAAAAAAAAUGUCCUUAACAUCAUCUCCCUUAUAGAUUGCAAGGUCUGAAGUUUGGAACUUGACUUUUUUACUUUACAUAUCUAAAAAAAAAAAACAGAAAAAUUUGUCAGGACUUGAUGGAACCAUUUACAUUCCAUAAAGAUCUCAUGCCGAGUUGUUUUUUUGUGUGUAGUCUUUCAGUUUUGUGUUGUUUUUAAGUACAUAUUCUUGUCUAUUUAGUUGAGUGCUUUGCUGUGCCAUAUUUAUAUCAGUAUUAACAGGAUUUGUUGUUUUUUUUACUGUGAAGAAAAGUUGAUAUUUAUUUCUAUGCCAAAAGAUACUAAUUGGUCAUUGUAAUGGCAGACCUACUAGAUAUUAGAUGUUGAGUUACAUUCAUUGAAUUAAUUUUUCGUGUUUACCAGUUUUUUUUAAUGUACUUUUUUAAACUGUAUAAUAGAUGUCAAGAUUUGGUGAGAUUGUGUUGAAAAGUUGUAUUUUUGUUAAUUUUUGUAGUUAAAAAUAUGGAAUUAGUGUGAACCUGUUAUUAAUCAAGUAGACUUAGCUAAAACCUUUCUAGUAGUAUAUAUAUAUAUACUUGGAUCCACCGUGCGUGCAUCAUUUUUAUAGUCUGCUAAUGCUUUCUUUCAAUUGAACUCAAGCCUAGAGUGUGUGGCAAACAAAAAAUGUUUCUAGCUUGAGUUCCAAAUCUCGUCUGCUUAUGAAGUUUAGAAUAUUUCACUUUUUUUUCUUUCUAUUGUCAUUUGUGCCCUGGGAUUUUUGACCACAUACGUUUUAAAGCUGCAUCUCUAAAUUGUUGUUUAGACACAAUCGUCAGCAGUAAACCUUUAAAUAUGCAAAGAGACACUAAUCUUUUUAACAACUUGAUUUUUUGUUUCAAUUUUUGUUAAUUUUUGUAGUUAGAAAUAAGGAAUUAGUGUGAACCUGUUAUUAAUCGAGUACACUUAUCUAAAACCUCUCUUUUAGUAUAUAUUUGGAUUCCCAGAGUAUGCAUCAUUUUUAUAGUCUGCUAAUGCUUUCUUUCAAUUGAACUCAAGCCUAGAGUGUGUGGCAAACAAAAAAUGUUUCUAGCUUGAGUUCCAAAUCUCGUCUGCUUAUGAAGUUUAGAAUAUUUCACUUUUUUUUUUUCUAUUGUCAUUUGUGCCCUGGGAUUUUUUAUCUCAUACAUGUUUUAAAGCUGCAUCUCUAAAUUGUUGUUUUGACACAAUCGUCAGCAGUAAACCUUUAAUAUGCAAAGAGACACUAAUCUUUUUAGACUUGAUUUUUUUUUUUCAAUUAGUGUAUAGAUUUGAGACCCUCUUCAUCUGUGAUGUGUUAUACAGUUCUUUAUAUUAAGCAUUAUUUUGUUGUAUUUUUUGACAAUCAUCGUUAAUUUCUGGUUUACAUUGUACACCAAUUUAUUGCUUAGGCUGAAAAAAAAAUUCACCGCAGUCUGUCAAAAACAUAAAUAAGGUACAGUUGUACUACAUAUUAAAUAUAGACCAAUAUUGUAUUGUAUCAAUGAUGGGUGUGUUUUUUUUAAGUAGAAAAGAAAUAAGAAUAGAACCAUUUUUAAAUACAUUAUAUUUUACAUUCUUAUAGAACUAAUAAUUUCAAGUGUGUUUUUUUUCGUCUUCAUUAUUAACUUAAUAGAUAAGAAGUUUUCUGGACUCUGCAUGCAAUCAGCUUGUCAGUUUCAACACUGUCUGCCAGAAUCAUGUCAAAGACUAUAUAGUACCACAAUGCUAUUUCAUCAGAAUAAAACUAAUCAUUUUUUUGAAACUGUAUUUAUUGGACAUCCGUGGACAUUUUCUAGUUUUUGAUUAUGGAUUCUAAGAAAAAAUUUGACAAUGAACUAGUUAAAAAAAAUGUUGGAUAAGUUAAACAAUGUAUUGGACUCGAAAAAAGAAUGCCCUAUAAAUAAUGUUUUUAGAAAUCUACUUUGAAUCUUGUAUGCAAAUGUCUGUCUCAGUUACUUCCCUUUUAUAUUAUAUAACUUGGUUAUCAUCUUCCAGAGUAGAACAUCAGCAUUAUUUCCCUAACUCUAAUCAUUAUUAAAGCAUAGACAUUUUGUAUCAUGAGAGUUGCCAACUUGUUUUCUGAUUACAUUGUUGAAAAAAAUAAUUUUUUUUUUGUUAGCUAAGUGUAGAUAUACAUAUAUUCUAAAAAAAUGAGGAAUUAAAAACUUGAUGUGACUUUGUGUCAUUUUUUAAAUAACA